CCUUUGACUGGUCCCCUCGGUUCCGGUGAAACCGUGGGCGCUGGCAAGCGUGAAGACGGCGAGGGUCGAGAAGAGGCGCCUGUGGACGGCGAGCACAAGGACUCGAACCGGUUUCCUGUGUCACUGGUCUGCGCCGGCCGACAGGGUCCAGAAGAAAGGGCAAGACGGACAAGACCAGAGAGAGGAGAAAAGAAGAUGAAAGAAGAAAGAGAAGAAGCAGAAGAAGAAGAAGAAGAGCAAGAGGAGGAAUGGGGCUGUGAGCCGGAGGGAGAGUGGGAUGCUCAAGAAAACGAGGACGAGGAGGUGACUCUGACGCUCAACGCGAGGACAAGCCGGCCACAAGCCUCAGAGACUAGCGGAACUUGGCCGAAAUGGACGAGUGAUCAGGCCAAAGAGAAGGCAAUCUCACUGCGUCGGUGGAAGGGAGGAGCCACUUUGUCGGCGGAGCCGGAAAACCGACUUUUUCCCACCUCUUCGUCGUCGUCAUCCGCCUCCGCUUGCCAACGCUCAUGUUACCCACAUCGUGGUUGUGCACUUUCCUGUCGGCCGCAAGUCUGUACGGACGAUCGCAGACCGAAUAGGCAGGCCUCGUCCGUUCGCUAUCCAGUUGCCUCGGCUCGGGAGUAUCCGGCAAGCUGGCAGAUGCCCGAGGAGGCGAUGACGACUAGCCCACUUGAGGAUUUCGACCAUGACUACUCACUCGGUCAGACUGAUCGGUAA